AUGCAGGAUGCAUACUUGAAAUCCCAGGGUGAGAGAAUAGCAAAUCAGGAGACGAGGGCAUUGGAGCAUGAUGCGCAACUCCGAGCCAUCUCUUCAGUCUUGGAUACAUUUCGCGCCACACUGGAGGAGAUCAAGAUAUCCAUUGGGGAACUGAAGUCUCAAACCUCCGUCCCUCGCCUCGAUAAACCUACACAUAUUGACUUCAUUGGCACACUCCAAAAAACGAUCUCGACAAUGAAAACGGCCCAGUCGAACGCCCAAGAACUCGAAGAACUUCGUGCUGAAAACGCCGCGCUUAAAGCUAAAUGGGAUAUUGUGCAAUCUGCCAUGAAUACCGCUACCAGACAACCAUCCUCGGGUUCAUUGUAUAAGGUAUCUCACGGAAACACUUUACGAAAACGCAAACGCGACAGCGACGUCCCAAAACCAAGUGCAACGGUCCCUUCAGACGGAGCAAUGCAAAACCGGUCCCAAUACUCAGAAGAUUUUUCGUCGUCUGCGCAAAUGCCAACUCCUCAGUCUAGCAGCCACUCCGACAGGCAUGACUCUAAUAGCUCGAGAACAUCGACCCCAGAGCAAGGACAGGCCGGAUUCAACUCGCACAGGAUGCCUCAAUGCAGUAAUGAGCACACAAGUGAAGAUCAUGUCCUACCACCAAUGGCGCCGUCUCAGCGGAACCUCAGGAAUCGUCUACCGUCUAAUCAUACCCGGGAUAUAGAGACUGCUAGCUCAGCUGUGCACUCUACACCGGUCGCAAACGUUGGCACAGUUGCAAAAGCAACCGCUAUGAUCUCCGACGUACAGGAGACUCAACAGCUGCUUUCUUCAGGGCUUGUUGAGGGAUCGUUACGGUCGUCAGGACAGGCAGACGAGUGUGAAGAGUUAGUUCUUGCUGAGCGUGCAACCGGAUCUAUGAACGAUGAAGCUCAGCCACAAAAGGAUGAGGAUGCCAAUAGUCUCGAUGAUAGUGGUCAACUGCCUGACAACAAUGAUGAGCCGCAGAUGGAUAUUGAUCUUGUAGAUGCGUCGGAACUCCAGUCGUCGACGAGGGAAACGGAUGAGUUUGGCGGUGACGACCAGGAUCGCUCUUCCAACUCUUUUGAUACCCUAGCAGAUGGUGCAGCGAGUAAGAAUGUGGCUGCGUCUCUCGAAGCAUCUUCAGCGGAUGAUGGAUCGACUCAGUCUGCACCGGCCGGAAGAACUCGCAGCAAGACGAAGGUGCCAUCAUCACAAAGAAACCCCGACUUCAUCAUCAUGGACAGGCGAAGCAUUGCCCCCGAGCCAGCGGCACUUCGACGGAUCCUCCCUCGUCGGAUUGGUGCGCAUCAACGGCCGCAGUUUGAGCACGCGACACCGGAAUCGAUCAAGCAAAACCUAAGGAAUUCCGGAAAAGCCAAAGGACAACGACAGUUGAAGCCUCACAUUCAAACGACCACAAAGAUCCUCCACAACGAGCUCAAAGAGCUCGGCCUGGAGGAUUGGAUCGAGAAAGACAAGGACACUCCCGAAUACAAAAAGGCUGUAGAGGAAGCCAGGGGCCGCAAACGAGAACAGACGAGAUUGGCUACAUUAGCGAGCCGCGGAAUCAGCCUCCCAGGAGCGUCUACAGAUGAUGAACAACCGGAGACGGCUCCAAGCCUAAAAGAGCCAUUUGUCCAACCCCCUAAAGCUCUAGUUGAUGUCGAUAACGAACAAGCUGGUGGAAGACCGGUCUUGUCUGCGUCGGGGGUGGCAGCUAGAAAAGCGAAGGGGAUGGACCUGCGCAAGACCAAACGAGAACAACGAGCAGAGGAGAUUCGCCGAAGAGAUCUGCUGGCGAAAGCGGCAAUGGAUAUGAAUGAUUAG